AUGAACCUGGGUGGCAACGAGCAAGAGAAGCCGGCUCUCGAGCAAUACGGAGUCGACUUGACGGCGCGAGCAAGAGAUGGCAAACUCGACCCCGUCAUCGGUCGGGACGCUGAAAUCCACCGAACAAUACAGAUUCUGUCUCGAAGGACGAAGAAUAACCCUGUGAUGAUUGGUGCUGCUGGGACUGGCAAGACUGCCAUCUUAGAGGGGCUGGCGCAGCGCAUUGUAAGAGGCGAUGUUCCCGAGAGCAUAAAAGAGAAGAAAGUCAUCAGUUUGGACCUUGGGUCUCUGAUCGCUGGAGCCAAGUUUAGAGGUGAUUUUGAGGAGCGGCUGAAAGCUGUGCUGAAAGAGGUUGAAGAUGCGCACGGUGGUGUGAUACUCUUCGUUGACGAGCUGCACACGCUUCUCGGCCUGGGAAAGGCGGAAGGCAGCAUCGAUGCCAGCAACCUGCUGAAGCCUGCGCUGUCCAGAGGCGACCUACAAUGCUGUGGCGCAACGACUUUGAAUGAGUACCGACUGAUUGAGAAGGAUGUUGCGCUUGCGAGACGCUUUCAACCAAUCCUGAUUGGCGAACCGACGGUCCAAGACACGGUGUCCAUUCUUCGAGGCAUCAAAGAUCGCUACGAAGUGCACCAUGGUGUGCGCAUCACGGAUGGCGCUCUUGUAGCAGCAGCUACAUACAGUAAUCGCUACAUCACCGAUCGCUUUCUUCCAGAUAAAGCCAUCGAUCUGGUCGACGAAGCUGCUAGUGCCCUUCGCCUGCAACAAGAAAGCAAGCCAGACGCCAUCCAGGAGUUGGACAGACAGAUUAUGACAAUCCAGAUCGAGCUGGAAAGUUUACGGAAAGAGUCAGACAUUGCGAGCAAAGAGCGACGGCAGCAACUCGAGCGAACGUUGACACUCAAGCAAGACGAAGUCGGAGCCCUGACCGAGAAGUGGGACAAGGAGCGCGCCGAAAUCGAAGAGAUCAAGAAGACAAAAGAGCAUCUCGAGGCCGCACGAUUGGAGCUGGAUCAAGCGCAACGAGAAGGCAAUUUCGCCAAAGCCUCUGAACUGCGAUAUGCCAAAAUCCCAGAAUUGCAGAAGCAACUGCCGCCGGAGGAAGGUGGAGAGAAUGCCAACGCAACGGCCACGUCCUCCGACGCCUUGAUUCAUGAUUCUGUCACGGCUGACGAUAUUGCUGCCGUGGUACCCAAAAGCACUGGCAUCCCGGUGACGAAACUCAUGGCCGGAGAAGUCGAAAAGCUGAUUCACAUGGAAGAUACGCUCCGACAGUCCGUCCGUGGGCAGGAUGAGGCGCUCACCGCAGUCGCCAACGCCGUCCGCAUGCAACGAGCGGGUCUUUCGGGCGAGAACCGACCAAUGGCCUCGUUCAUGUUCCUCGGCCCUACAGGCGUGGGAAAGACGGAGCUCUGCAAGAAGAUGGCGGGCUUCCUGUUCAGCACCGAACAGGCCGUAAUCCGUUUCGACAUGUCUGAGUUUCAGGAGAAGCAUACCGUUUCGCGCCUCAUCGGAUCGCCAGCGGGCUACGUCGGGUACGACGACGCAGGACAGCUGACGGAAGCUGUGCGACGCAAACCCUACGCCGUCCUCCUCUUUGACGAAUUCGAAAAGGCGCAUCGCGAUAUUUCAACUCUACUUCUACAGGUGCUGGAUGAGGGCUUCCUGACAGACGCUCAAGGGCGCAAGGUCGACUUCCGCAACACCAUGAUCGUCCUCACGAGCAAUCUCGGCGCCGAAGCGCUCGUCGCCGACGAAAGCCCCGGCUCAGACAUCAGCGCAAACGUGAAGCAGCAAGUGAUGGACGUGGUGCAAAUGUCCUACCCGCCCGAAUUCCUCAAUCGAAUCGACGAGUUCAUCGUCUUCAAGCGCUUGUCGAAAGAGGCGCUGCGAGACAUUGUCGACAUCCGCAUGCGCGAACUCCAGGCCAGACUGGACGAUCGGAGGAUUAUGCUUGACGUUGGCGAGGAGGUGAAGGCGUGGCUGUGUGACAAGGGCUACGAUCCGAGAUAUGGCGCGCGGCCGUUGAAUCGGCUCAUUGCGAAGGAGGUGGGGAAUGGGUUGGCGGAUAAGAUUAUUCGGGGCGCCGUGAAAUCGGGUGACACGGCCAAGGUGAGGAUUGCGGAUGAUGGGAAGCAUUUGGAGGUCUUGGCGCCGUGA